AUAUUGUCUUUGUUUUCCUUAUUUGUCUUGGGUCAGUGUUCCCUGAAGCUUUGCCAAAGCAAAGAGGUGUUGUCAAUAAGUCUGAAUUACUUAUUUCCUGGAUUUCUGACAGAAAUAGUUGGUGCUAGCACAGAGUCUUCUGCACUCCAGUGUAUUGCAUGGGCUAUGCAUGCUUCAGGUCUGCUUGUUGCUUUUGUUUCUCUCACCUAUAAACUAGCUGUUCUGCUCCCACUUCGGUUCCUGUGCUGGUUUCUGGUUUUAGACUGCCUAUGUACAUAAAGAAGGCAGAAGCUGACCAGUGAAAUUAAUUCAAAAGUUGAAUAUAUACUUUUUUUUUUUUACUAUUUUUCUCAUUUAUGUGUUGGUAAAGUAUUAUGUGACCUUCUGUCUCUCUUGUUUUCUCAUUUUCCUGUUCCCCAACCACUUGGUAUUAGAGUGCUGUAUUAUAAUGAAGACAAGAAAUGAUACUGCAACUGUACAAGGGUGAGAGAGGGAGAAGGUCAGUCAGUAUCCUUGCUCUUGCCUAACACAUAUUUGGUUUCCUAUGUGCCAAUUCAGAUAAGUCUACUUAUUUCAAACUGCCUCUAAAUAAAAAUAUAACUUUAAAACUUACUUCAAACACAAUUGAAAAGCCACAGGCACAGCAGCCUGUCCUUGGAGAGAUGCUGCCAUAUAGGUCACCAUAUCAGUAAUUUGUCUCAUUUUUCCUUGUUCUGGAAGGCAUGUGGGGCAACAUCUGCUCUAGCUCAAAAAGAACUUGCUUUGACUGGAAUUUAACAUAGGCAUUGCACCUCUGCUCCUAUGCAUUCGGGAGCUUCCCUUGCUGCUGCAUUCUUUCCAUUCUCUAUGAAUGACGACUUCUAGAGCAACCAGGGUGACUGUAUACAACAUGCCUACUGAAAAAAGGCUCUUUUCUGAAAGCAGAAUUCCCUUCUGUUGCCUUCAUCCCAUUGAAAGUAAUGAGCAAUUGACACAGAGUUUUUUUGGUUUUUUUGGUUUUGUUUUUUUUUUUUUUUGUAGAUUACUGUCAAGUUUGUUUACUACAGGAGGCAGAGCUUUCAAUGUGCGUUUCAAAACACAAUAUAGUAGUACUCAAAUCCACUGAUCAGCAGAGGAGAGCAUGCAUGGCCCUUGUAUGAACAGCAACAUUGCAGCUUUGUGUCAUACUCAAUGACAUUGCAGAGCCAUAAAUCUUCAUUUUCCUCUACAGCUUCAGAAGUGUAAGCUAGAAUACAACUGAAAUCUCUCUUUGAAAAGGAAACAUUCACCAGUGCAUAGUCACAGCAUUGACUCUUACAGCAGCUCUCCAGCAUCCUACCUUUGAGAUGCAGAAAAUGUGAACUAUCCCAUCUCACACCUGAAAGUGAUAGAGAUUUUGGCAGCAUGAUUACAAUGAGCUCCUUUAGGUAUCAGCCUGGUAAAAGUUGUGUUCUUCAGGGCAUAUAAGCACAGAUAUUAAAAACUUGUAUAGGUUGAAGACUGCAAAAAGGGAGAAAUUAUUAGUGUGUCUUAAUUUUAGAAAUUGUGAUUAUACCAAAUACAAUUUUUAUAUGUAGGUUCAUGGCAGAGGAAAGUAGUUCUCCCAGCAUGAAGCUAAAUGUACCCAUAUUGCCAGGGAAUCCUGUUGCUGCCAAAAGUAUCUUAAGUUCAUAACAAGACUGGAAAAGUGAAUAGAAAAAUAUCUAGGUGCUAUAAAAUGCAAAGACAAGCUUGACCUGAUUUUAGACAGCUUCUGUGUCUACUCACAGACAUCACUCUCCACUCUUGUCACAGCCAACAGAAAGAAACAGGAGUUUCGAGGGCAUCAUUCACUAGCUGAUUUUUAACAUCUGCGUUCAGAAAGGUGAAUCGUGUACUCCAGAUCCCUGGCUUCAGGGAGGAAAUGUUUUUCUUGUUCUCUUCCCUAGGCAUCUCCUCUAGAUGAUGGCAGAAGACAGGGCAUGGGGUUAGUCAAGCCUUACAUCUGAUCAGGUUUCACUGCCCUAGGUAUGCCUGGUUCUCUUAUCAGUUGUCAAAAACAUGCUCUCGGAUAGGGAGGGAUCUCCAGUAUAAGCACUGUGGAGUUAAACUCUAGUCUAUACCAUUUGCGUUAUUCCUCAGUCUACUUCUGUUGCUGCUGCACUGGGUCAGGUGUGAUCUGUUUAUUCAUGCUUGGGAGCACAGUACAUAUUGCUUACUUCUUCAUGGUGUAAGAAAUACAAAGUGUUAUUGCAUGGGCAGUUCACAGAGAUCAUUAGUCUCUGAGUCCACAGAGAGAGGGUAGAAAAUAGAAAUGUGUCAUUCCCUGGACAUACUGAAACAGGCCUUUGUCUUUCCUGUGCUGAGGACCCCAGAGCUGCAUGCAAUAUUCCAUGUGGGGUCUCCCCAGAACAGAGUAGAGGGGAAGAAUCUCAUCCUUCAUCCUGCAGUCCAUGCUGUUGGUGACACACAGCCCAGGACAUGACUGUUUUUUGGGCUAUCAGCACACAUGGCUGGCUCGUGUGAAGCUUCUUGUCCACCAACACCCCCAAGUCCUUCUUCUUAGAACUGAUAUCAAUCCAUUUUCCACAUGGCCUAUAUUUGUGCUUGGGAUUAUACCAACCCCAUACGCUUCUGCUUUGCAUCAUAAAGCUUUUGAGUCAGACAUAUGGGGGAGCAGGUUGUUUGUUUUCAGUAGCCAGAGGGUUCCUCCUUCGAGUGUUGCAAUGUGCAGGUCUCAGGAAAUACAGUGUGCCAGACCAGUUUCUCCUCCCAAAUCUCAAAUCCAAGGAAGAGCACAUUCUCCUCCUCUCUGCAACUGCUCAUACUACUGAGGAUGCCUUGUGGAAAACUCAGACAAAUAACUGGGACAUGGUUAUUUGAAAAAUCUGCUCAACCCUUUGACAAGAUGACUGCACAGUAGUAUUCAGUGCUGUCAUAAAGCCUACAUAUUGAUGCCAAGGGUUCAGUAUAUCUUGGGCAAACUACAUACAGCUGGAACAGGAGUUUUCAUACAUCUCCGUUCAUGCAACUGUUAGCCAGGGAGGAAUAAUCCUUCAGGAAGAGCCACUCAAGUGGUGUGGCCUCUGCAAAUGUUUUCUAACACUUAAUGACAGACAGGUAAAUCAUGUGUGUCAUUGCAGGGCCUGGGAACACAUAGCAGAAGUCCAGAUUGCACUGAACAUUGUGUGGUCCUCCACAGGGCCCUACCUGGACCACUGCCAACUUCUCACCUUGUUUCCCAGCCCAGGGUUACCAGGGCUUGACCAUCUGUGUUUGCUAUGCAACAAGUGAAAAGGAACAUGACCUGCCCCAUUCAGAUUGGCCCUCCUGCUGAAAGCACCAGCCUUGCCCAGAUUUUUUCUUUUGCUGUCUCCUAUACUCCACUUGUCCUGAGAGCAACAGUGAGGUCCUUGGGAACACAAAGAGGACGCCAUUAAGAGGUCUAUAUGUCUCCAGACUGUGUGACAGAAUCUAUGAAAUCUGGAAUAGGAAUGACCCAAAGCAACUGUCUCUGUGUUUAAGUAUUUCUCUUGAGCCCAGUACUGCCCUGUUUCACUACUUUACCUGGCACAGUCCCAUUGCAGUUCCAGCACCCUUGUGAAUCAUUAACAGACCAAGUCCAGCUGCUCCUUUCAUAGCUUGUCCUUUCACACAGUUUUCUUUCCCAGCCCCAAAAUGUUUAAUUCAAGCAAGGUACAGAGAGAGAAGAGUAAAAAAGAUUUUAUGUGAAUCUGCAUCUGCUGACAAUAUGACAAGCAGCCAGAGCAAUAGUAGGAAAGUAGCACUCAUGGUGGGCAAGCUGGUCCUCUUUACAACUUGUUUGUCCUUUGCUCUGACGUUCUACAGACAUCCCUGUUCCCGCUCUUACAGGCAGCAGACUUUUUUGGAGCUUGUAAUAGGAGUUAAAAGUAUCUGUCUCCUUCAUUAAUUUUCUGGCCCCGUUCCUUUACUAUCAGCACCUGGUCAUACACACCCCUGUAAGGAACUGCCAUUUCUGUACCUUUUGCUUCGUGCAGGGUGGAGUUUUCUAGUUUAAGGCUGGUCAAAGUAGGCGGGCAGUCAUAGAGCUGGGAUGUACACGAAGAAGACAGGAAGGGACAGGCACAGGUGUAGGUAGGAGCUACUUCCAGGUGUGUAUGAGACUCCAGCAUGAAGGCAGAACGCCUGUACAUGAAUGCACAGCUGUUCGUGUGACUGCCUGAAGGUGCGUGUACCACAGCAGCGAACGUGUGAGAAGGCAACUUUGCUUGAAUCAGGUCUUGUGGUGCUUCACAAGGACUUGUUAAGGUCCCUUGCAAUCAUGGUGAAGUCUAGAAGAGUGCAGGUGCUCCUGAUUCUGGUAGUUCUGUCCUUCCUUCUUAUCCACUUCCUACCCUGCAGCAACAACGCCCAUACGGAAGAAAAACCUCCUCCUGUUCACAUCCUCAUUCUCUCCUCCUGGCGGUCAGGAUCCUCCUUCACUGGACAAAUCUUCAGCCAGCACCCCAGUGUCUUCUACCUGAUGGAGCCUGCAUGGCAUGUUUGGGUUAAGAUGUAUCAGAACAGUGCCAAAGUCCUACACAUGGCAGUGCGGGACUUAGUCAGGUCAGUCUUUCUGUGUGACAUGUCUGUGUUUGAUGCUUACAUGUCUAGCCAGAAGAAAAAGUCUGAUUUAUUUCAGUGGGAGACAAGCCGAGCCUUGUGUUCCCCACCUGCCUGUGACUCAUUCAGUCGCAGUGACAUAAUCACUGCAGGCAAUUGCAAAACCAUCUGUGGCAAGUAUCCAUUCAGCAAGGUGGAGGAAGCUUGUAAAACCUAUAGCCAUGUUGCCAUCAAGGAAGUUAGGUUCUUUGACCUGAAAGUUCUCUAUCCGCUUCUCACUGAUCCAUCCCUGAACCUCAAAAUCAUUCACUUGGUACGUGAUCCUCGGGCUGUGUUCAGGUCCCGAGAGAAUACAAUGGCAGACCUGAAACGCGACAGUAACAUUGUUGUGGGGUCUCAGAAGACAAAGGGAGAAAUGGGGCCCUACAACACAAUGCAGGUCAUCUGCAAAAGCCACGUUGAGAUAUACAAGGCAGGAAGUCAGGCCGCUCCAAGCUUCCUGAAAGACCGGUAUCUGCUGGUUCGCUAUGAAGACAUUGUCAGAGACCCACUAGCAAGGGCUGCUCAGAUGUACAGGUUUGCAGAACUCCAUUUCACACCAGCGCUUCAGAAGUGGGUCCACAACAUCACCCAUGGAAAGGGUCAUGGAGCACAGGCCUUUGAUAUUGGGUCGAGAGACGCACUGAGAGUAUCACAGGCAUGGAGAAAGACACUUCCCUUCCAGAAAAUAGAAAAAGUGCAAAAUGUAUGCAAAGAGGCAAUGGAUUUGCUGGGCUACCGGCUUGUUCAGUCUGAAGAAGAGCAGAAAAAUAUGUCUCUGGAUCUUCUGUUUGCCCAGAACUCUUCUGAGUGUCAAAUUUUGAAGGCAGAAAAGCUGGUCUCUGCACCUACUCUCUGAAGGCUGCAGAGUGCUGAACUACUCACUAGAGCCAAAGAGGACAGAGGUGCAGGCAUAUAAGUGUAGGAGUGUGCACGGAUGCAAGAACAAGUGCUACAAGAACCCUGACUACAUUCAGGAGAGCUAUCAGCAGCACAGGGUCACCCUCUAAGACCCCUGGGGUACAGCCACAAUGGAGGCUAAGGUAAUGCAAGUUUGUUUUCCAAAUUAAUUAUGUUUAGGUUGGAGCAUACAGAAUGCCAAAGGAGUAGAACCAGAUAGCAGAAGCUCAAACCCCCUACAGUCCACAGCUGAAAACGAGGGAAACCACAUGGAGCAAUUGCACCGCAAAGGAAGAGGAAAUAUAACAGGAAGCUGAACAAAGAAAACAUUGCUUGACAUGCUGCCACGCAGGAUAUGUAGUGCCAGAAAAGAUGCAAGGAUGACUAGACAUUUGGUUUCAGGAAAGAUGUUGGACUUUGGUUUGGUUUUGUUUUGGGUUUUUUUAUUUUGUGGGUUUUUGUGUUUUGGUUGGUUUUGGGGUUUUUUGUAUUUUUUAAUGGUUGCGUUUUCAAGGCCAAUUUUUCUUUUGUUCCAUUUGUGUGACCAAGCAUCCAGCCUCGGUGGCAAAGGUGGGGAAAUGUUCGUGUUCACUUACUGUAUAGUGGAAAAAUGGAAUAAACCAGCUAUUGCUGAAAAUAAAACUCCUGGGUUUUCAUCUGGAAA